AUGUCGGCGACAGACAUAGCGAAAAACGAGAAAGACCCGUCAUUGGUUGCGUACUUGAAAUCGCUGGGGAUGGAUCCAGACUAUGUUCCCCCAAAAGACGACCCACGCCGUGUUGUCAUCUCCGAGUUCGCUGUUCUAUUCAAGACACGGGACCCUGUUAUCCUUAAGCUGAGCACUGAGGCUGACAUUGCCAAAGCUAAAUCAACUCCCAUCCCCAUUAAGGAAAACGAGGAAUUCAAGAUGAGAGUUAGCUUCAGAGUACAACAUGAGCCAGUGUUAGGACUCAGAAUCAUUAAUACCGUCUCUAAGCUUGGGAAACAGGUCGCAUCAGACGAAGAAAUGUUGGGGAGUUACCCACCAAAGAACGAGUUCCAAGCACUCGAACUCCCAAAGAACGACUGGAACGAAGCACCGUCGGGAAUGUUGGCUCGAGGGGAGUACAAGUCCAACGUCAAGUUUACGGAUGACGACAAGCAAAUGUACUUACAAUUCGACUACUUGAUCAAAAUCGUCAAGGAGUUGUGA